AUGACUGUUGAUGAUAGUACUGUCGAUAUUCAUCUUAUUAAACUUGUUGAUUCGGCCCAUGAUUAUCUUUUUCUUUUUUUAAAUAAUAAUAAGAUUGAUCAUUUGACAGAUUGGUUAGUCGAUCGCCUUCAUUGUACAAAAGAUUGCAAUGAACGAUUAAUAGCUAUUCGAUUGAAAAUUCAACAAGCUAUAUUACAUAUACACGAACAUGAUGAAAUCAAAAGAUUACUUGGAUCAUCAUGUAUAAAUUAA